ACCGAUUUGCUUGGUUUGUUACAUUAAUUUUAUAUGUAUGGAGAGGGUCCGAGCAAAUGCUUACGCUGCAACCUACCGAGGAGACGUUUGUGGUUGCGCUCGACUGGCCUCGUUGAGUUUAGCCGACUGACUGAGUUAAAAUGGCGGACUCUAGCACCGUCGAAGAUACUUUACUGAAAGCAAUGAUGAACAAGACUCCAGAAGUGCGCGAGAGUUUGGUGGCCGACCUGGCGGAGGCCCUCGCCCAGCGCGAAGACCAACUGCUUGCUAGCACGGUGACGCGUAACCAACUGACAACGACAAGCCUCUCCACUGCGGAUGGAGAAGGCAGUCUAUCGUCAUUUGUCAUGGUAGAUGUAGAAAUUUCCUGUACAGAAGAUGUGGAAGAUACCGGUAUGCCUCUGUCAUCGGUGCCAGAAACAGCGCCGUCCGAAGACAUUGAAUCAGAGCUCUCCUGGCCCGACGGGGACAAGUAUCUUCUUGCAAGUGAGAGAAAUCUGAUAUCUUGGUUGAACCGCAGAAUCUGCACGGGCAACAAGUGGAUAGUGGCAAUGCCAUGCAAGUCCAAGGGGUACCUGAUGAAGGGGUCAGCACUGUGCUUACUCAAUAGAUGGGAGCAUGCAAGGGAUGUCUACACGAAAGGAAUUGAUAAGUGCCCAAAGGACUUCUUAGCGCUGCGUGAAGCCCUUGACAAUCUCGAUGAUCUUGAAGAAAUGAUUCGGCUCUUCUCUAGUGAAGAGGUCGUCUCACCGCAGCACUUCUCAGCAUCUCCAAAUCGACUAGUACGCCUCAUGAAACGCUCCGAGUCACUGGAGGAUGAGCUCAGCAUUAAACCCACUCCAUCGCGUCAUACUACCAUAACAAGGAGUGUCAGCCUUCAAGUACCUCAAGGAUCCCGACGUAGCCAGCCAAGCCGUGCUUCGGGAAAAGGACGACGCAGCCAGCUAGCACCCCAGGCGGGCUCCUAUUCAACGUUGCGCAAGUUAAUCCGCGAUAUCUCUCCAGCGUCCUGGAAAUCGAAGAGUUUUGACAAAGGCAACGGCUCACGGGAUCGCUCAGCAAGCCCAGCAGUAGGCAGAUAAAAGGUGUCUCUUCAAGUGGUGACAACCACCCCAGAGGAAAAAAAUACCAGACCGGCGGGUACUGGCGGG